AAUGGCAGCCACUCAGCGACCAGAAGGCAUAAACCAGGAAGAGAAGGAGGAGGAGAAGAACAAGAGGAAGAAGAGCAGAUUCAAUUUGAACGCUUAAAAAGCGUGUCGCGACUGAACCGAACUGCUACUUUCCUGCCUCGCACCGAAUCCACGCUUAGACACGUUCAUGGAUGACAACGAGAAAGGCUCGUGGCAGCGUGCGGAUCCGCCGGCCGAGGUGGGAGAGGACGCGGCCGUCAGCGUGGGACCCCCAUUGCCGACCCCCGCCAUGACGGAGGAGGAACGCCAGGAGCUGCAAGCGGAGUUGUUGAGGGUGGAGGAUGAGGUCCAGACGCUGUCUCAGGUUCUGGCGGCGAAGGAGAGACAGCUGGCCGACAUCAAGAGGAAGUUGGGGGUGACGACUUUCAACGAGCUCAAGCAGAACUUUAGCAAAACCUGGCAGGAGGUCACCACCUCGUCAGCGUACAAAAGGACAUCAGAGACGCUGUCGCACGCCGGCUUGAAGGCCACGGCGGCUUUCUCCACCAUGAGCUCGGCCCUCAGCCGCAAGCUGGAAGACGUCAGCAAGCGCUCUUUGCAGCACUCGGCUAGUAUGCCUGUCAUGAGGAACACUCCCUCAUUCAAGUCAUUUGAGGAGAAGGUGGGAACAUGGAAGAACAAGAUGAGUCCGUCGGAGAUCGAUGCCAGCGAGCAGAUGAACGUUCCAGACGACGCAGAGGCUCAGCACCAGGCCACGCCCACCAACCUAGACACACCCUUGCACUGACCUUAUGACCCCCCCCCCUACCCUUGACCUUUGAACCUCCCACAUUGUCACCUCUCUGCAAGUCUUUAAAGGUGACAGCAACAUGCCUUCAUUAAAACCGCAAAACCUCUUGACAUCGCUUUUUACCGCAACACUCUCAAUCGGCUUAACAGCGCACGCACACACAUUUUCUCAUUUUCGGGGCCAAAUCAGCUUUAUUUAUCUAAGUUUAAAACAUUCACGCAUGCACGCAAACACAGUAUGUGGAGUCAAGCUAAAGUGAACAUUGGAACACUCUUGGUUAAGGUUGCUUUGUUACUAACCAGACACUGUAAAAAUAUAAACUUCUUGUUUGACAGUGACACUGCCUGACUUUCAAAAUAAAAUGCUUUUUCCUCAGUACGCUUAAAGAUAUUUUUAAUACAAGUCUCUCAUGGAUUUUGUUGAAAAGAAAUAAAAAUAUUAAACUGCUCAA